AUGCCAAAACGUCCAAGAACUUCACCUCAUCCUACUAAAUUAGCUUCCAUGGAAGAGCCAGUAACUUGCACUUACUGUGACCGAGUAGGGCAUUCAGAAAAAGAUUGUUGGUUCAAGCAAUGUAAGUGUUUAGGAUGUGGGAGUUCAGAGCAUUUUAUACGAGAUUGUCCAAAGCCUCGAAAUAAUCCCCUUGAGCAAAUAGGAAAUGUAGCUCCUCCAAGGAAGACUGAAGAUGGUAAUCGUCAAGGUAAGGCACAUGGACGAGCUUAUGUUGUGAGGGGAGAAAACGAGCUAGGACAAACAGUCACUUUGGAAG